UCGCUCGGGGUUACUGGGUGUUGGUUGUUCCUGCUGUUCCAGCGUCGGAAGAGCUGGUGUUCGGCCGGUGAGUCCAGGGGUGUGGACCAAGAAAGGGAGUCGGGCGAGGAGCCGGCUGGCCAUUGCCCUCUCUGGUUUGAACUGCUUGUCCUGGAAGCUGUGCGUCACCAUAAUGAGGCUUGUAAUUCUUGAUAACUAUGACUUGGCUAGUGAAUGGGCAGCCAAAUACAUCUGUAAUCGCAUCAUUCAGUUCAAACCUGGACAGGACAGAUAUUUUACACUGGGUUUACCAACAGGGAGUACACCUUUAGGAUGUUAUAAAAAACUAAUAGAAUAUCACAAGAAUGGAGACCUUUCUUUUAAAUAUGUGAAGACCUUUAACAUGGAUGAAUAUGUAGGACUUCCUAGAAAUCAUCCUGAAAGCUACCAUUCAUAUAUGUGGAAUAACUUUUUUAAGCAUAUUGAUAUAGAUCCUAAUAAUGCUCAUAUCCUUGAUGGGAAUGCUGCAGAUUUACAAGCAGAAUGUGAUGCAUUUGAAAAGAAAAUAAAGGAAGCUGGAGGAAUUGAUCUUUUUGUUGGAGGAAUUGGUCCAGAUGGUCAUAUCGCUUUCAAUGAGCCAGGAUCCAGUUUAGUGUCAAGGACAAGAUUAAAGACUCUAGCAAUGGACACCAUUUUGGCAAAUGCUAAAUAUUUUGACGGAGAUUUAUCGAAGGUGCCAACUAUGGCUCUAACAGUUGGUGUGGGAACAGUGAUGGAUGCUAGAGAAGUAAUGAUCCUCAUAACAGGUGCACACAAGGCAUUUGCUCUCUACAAAGCAAUAGAAGAAGGAGUCAACCACAUGUGGACUGUUUCAGCUUUCCAGCAGCAUCCUCGAACUAUUUUUGUGUGUGAUGAAGAUGCUACUUUAGAAUUAAGAGUUAAAACUGUGAAAUACUUUAAAGAAUAAACUGGCCCUCAUCCUUUGAAUUUGUGAGCUCCUCACCUGCAA